ACGGCAGCAGCUGACCGUAUAAAGCCAGAGUGGGAGGACUGGUUUGGGAGACGGUGGCUUUUCUGUUAUUAUUACCAAAGCAUAAGGUUGGUUUGUGAUCAUGUGGAGGGGGGAGCGUGACCCGCAGGCUUUCCAGGCCCCCGUGGAUGUUCACGCCAGCGCUGAUGGCCAGGUGUACACAUUCAAGAGGACGCAGGAUGAGUCGGCUGCAACCUCAGAAGAUGAAGAUCUCAGUGUGGUGGAGAUGAGGCAGAUGAAGCAGAGCAGCUCGGGGAAUGUCCAGCUGCUGGAGCGGGAGGUUUUAGAUGGCGAUAAUCUCAGCAAACUUGCACUUCAGUACGGCUGUAAGGUGGCAGAUAUAAAGCGAGUAAACAACCUUAUGCAGGAGCAAGAUCUUUUUGGACUAAAGUCUAUUAAAAUACCAGUUCAGAAACACAGCUUUUUAACAGAGAGUUUCCCGGACAUGCACGGUCGUCAAGAGGAAGUGCCACAUCCAUCUAUCGCAUCAGUGCGGCCCCUCAACAGAGGCCGAUCCCAGACACGUCUGCAGGAGGCCACGGACUUUCUCAUGGAGAUGGAGAGUGAUAUUGACAAACUGAUUCAGACCACUGAUCAAGAUGAGGAUUUGUUGGAUACCUCUGACAGAGUAGGAAGGUUUGGUUUGAGACGACGGCGCCUGAUCGGCCACGGUGCAGACUGGGGGAUCCAGUGGUGGAACGCUGUUGUAGCCAUGCUCCUGAUAGGUAUUGUCCUGCCAUUAUUUUAUGUCAUUUAUUUCAAAACUAAAGGUAAUGGGGUAGUUCCACCAGCAGAUGGUGCACUACAGUUCUCCACCUCGUCUUCAAACACCUCGGGAACAGGUCUCGGUACGAAAGGACUUGAGCAAUUUGAAGAGCCAGGAUAGAAUAGAUGUGAAAAGUCCAGAAACAUCUUUGUGGUAGAUUACAACCAUGACAAAGCCAAAUUAGCCUCUUUUUUUAUUGCAGGUUGUAUCUAGUCACAAGCAAAAAAAUGUACACCCCUAAUUAUAUCAUAGCAGUACUUGUGGCAUUAUUGUGCCUGCUUGAUGCUUCACUGUGAAAAUGUUGGUGAGAACUAAAGUUCCUCAGGUGUUUAUCGACGUCUCGAAGAGAUGAAAUAGUUAAACCUCUUUACAAAUCCACAUAAAGAUGAAAUUCAACAUUGUUUGUCUGCAUAGGGGAAAAAACCCCUGCACUGUGAUCUUUCAUUUUUUUGUGCGUGUUUGUUUCGUUUUGUAAGAUUUGUACAUCAGGUAUAACUUUUUAAGGUUUUGUCAGGAAAAAAUCUGAAUGUUCAGUUAGCAAAACUGUACCUAAUCAUAUUAUAUUUGAAAUAGUUUUGAGCAGAUUUGUGUCUGAGUUCAUUGUUUAGGUACUUCCGUGCUCGUUUAAGAGCGCGAAAGUGCCACAAGUGUGACUUUAUUGGAGCGAGUGGUGCACCGUUCUCGAUUCCCUUUAAGGUACGGUAAGGCAGUCUACAUGAUUUCUGACCGAGAAGACUUUUUGUCACGUUCGCUGAAUAUCUCGCAGUCCAUUAGCUGCCAAUCUCAUGAGUAUACGGUUAAAAGAAUAAAAGAAAAUUCUCAGUCUUUAUACACCACUUGGGAGAGCUCUUUUUUCUCGGGGAGUGGCAGCGGGAGAAGGUGGGAGGAGCUAGUGGUUUGUUUAAAUAUCAACAAAUGACUUAGCCUACCUUUCAUUUUCUUCAUGUAGCAGCUUGCUAAGCUAAAAAUACAAUGUGCCACCUUAAGUGCCUUAACACCUUUGAUGCCCGAGUUCACAUCAUGAUUCAUACCAUUCUGAUAGCUUUGAACCACCCCAGAAUCAAAAUAAAAAACAAUAAAAAUACUUUUAUAUCAUGAAAAAAAAUCUAAAACACUAUUAAUUAGAUAUAUUUAUUUCAUAUCAGGCAUCAAGGGUUUUAAACCAUAGCUUGAUCUUACAAACUACCACAAACAAGGUAGAUUUGUUUGAUGUAUUUUUGAAUAAGAAACUGCAAAAGUUAUUAACACCAUUUUCCACAUUGAAUAAGUAUAUUUGUGAACAAUUUUAGGGAAAUGGGGAAGAAUGUUGCUAUUCAGCAUGAUCCAGUUUAAAUGCAGAUUAUCAAUUGUUACUGUCUUUAUAAAGUAUUAUCUAACAUGUUGCUGUGUCUUUGUCAUCUUUUGGCCCUGAUGUUUUUCAUUCAAUUAUUUUAAAUAAACAGUUUUAUCUGUAUUUUAUCAGUAUUUUAUAACCAAAAAAGCAUACCUCAUGACCUUAACUCCAAAGUUAGAUCAGUUUUGUUUAAAUAGAAAAGAGGAAGAAGUCUGGGGUGAUUCCGAGAGAUGUG